CUGCUGUGUCCGGGUCCGGCGCGGGCAGGGGCAUGAACGGCUCGGCGAACCCGCUGCUGGACAAGGAGGAGCACGGGCUGCAGCUGGGGGAGAGCUUCGAGCGGCGGCCCAAGGCCUCCUUCCACACCAUCCGCUAUGAUUUUAAGCCAGCAUCUAUAGACACAUCUUGUGAGGGGGAGCUCCAGGUUGGUAAAGGAGAUGAAGUAACAAUUACACUGCCACAUAUUCCAGGCUCAACUCCUCCAAUGACUGUGUUCAAAGGAAAUAAAAGACCAUAUCAGAAGGACUGUGUACUUAUUAUCAAUCAUGACACUGGGGAAUAUGUGCUGGAAAAACUUAGUAGCAGCAUUCAAGUCAAGAAAACAAGGGCUGAGGGCAGCAGUAAGAUCCAGGCACGAAUAGAACAGCAGGCUGCCCGAGCCUCCCAGCCUUCCUCACAGUUCAAAGCCCCAUCCAAGCCAGCAGCUGGGCCCAAAACCUCUCCUUUGAAAGACAACCCUUCACCUGAACCUCAGCUGGAUGACAUUAAGAGAGAGCUAAGAGCAGAGGUUGAAAUUAUUGAACAGAUGAGCAGCAGCAGUGGUAGCAGCUCAUCGGACUCUGAGAGCUCUUCUGGGAGUGAUGAUGAAAGCUCUAGCAGUGACGGGGAAGAGGCUGCACGUAUUUCCCCCUCUCAGCCACCACACCAGCAGUACAACAACAGAAAUGCUGUUGCUAAUGGUACCAGCAGGCCACAAGGAAGCAAUCAGCUAAUGAACACUCUCAGAAAUGACUUGCAGUUGAGUGAAUCUGGAAGUGACAGUGAUGACUAGGGCUGAGGUUUCUCUUUUUCUACUGCAUAUAUAUGAAGAACUAAUUUACUUUUCAAUGAGCCCAAUGCUGAUGAGGGAAUUGGCACAGGAAUAGCUCUGUGCAUGGAAUUUUAAUAGAAGCAAUCUGUAACCCUAUGGAAUAUCAAAUGUUAUCCUAAACAGAAGCUGAGGAGGAUUUUACUUUGUUUAUUAAGUGUAUAUUUUAUGUAUAUGCUUAGUCUUUUAAAGUUUUAAAUAGAUAUGUACAGUAGAUAAGCCAGUCUGUGAUCCUGACUACUGUUGAUCUGUAAAGCAUAAUGCAUAUUCUUUUGAUGUAAUCUAAAUGUUUCUUGUUCAUGGGAGAUGUUCAGUGCUGUAGUACAUUAAGGAAAAAUGUGUGUUUAGGACAGACGUGAGCCAACAAUUCAUUAAAAAACCCAUGUGGGAGCUGGAGUGUAAACUAAAUUUCAUCACUAAACUGUCUUCUUCAGUUUGGGGCUUUUCUAAUGCCUUUUUAUUGCUAUUUUUGGCUAACCGUGAUGUGGGAGUGUUUUAAACAAUUGUAAAAGAAGUUAUAAAAUUGCCUCUUCAAUCACUACCUUGUUGCACCGAUGCCUUAUGGAAUAAUUUUAAAUAAAACUUCAGUUGCUGCCUCCAUUAUUAAAGGAAACAAUACUAGAAGCUGUUCAAAUUACCUUCAUAAACAAACAGUCAUGCAUGUACACACACUGUGUAUGUGUAAUAAUUGGCAUUGGAGACAGGUAUUCUCUCAAAGUAAUGUUCUUAGGUGUUUUAAGUAACAAAAGUACCUACCUAUGUAAAUAAGAAGUAGGACAACUUUCUCUAAUAUAUCACACAGUCUCAUUUAAUUCUGGUUUUCAGUUUCUAACGAAAACGGUUUAAAUAUAGAAUAUCAACCUUAUUUAAAUUACUCCAAAAUACUCCAUUUGGAACUGGAGAAAA